GUUUUUCUGUUACUCGGAACAGUGGGAGGAGGAGGUGAGAGCACAAAGAGCAAGCGAAGUGAGUCUCUGAGAUCCAGAGCUCGGAGAAGGUGGCAAAUCAAACCAAUCGUCAAUUUUCAAAAGGGAGCUUUUGCUGCCAAAGCUUGAAUCUCUUGAAGCCGAUGAGGCUUUUGCAGUUGGCGUUCGUAGUAUCUCUACUGUUUGGAUUGGUCGCCAUCCUUAUCUACAUCACUGGCGUCUCCGAUCUCUAUGAGACGCAUCGGCUUACCGAAGAAGAUGUGGAAGCACUGCAAUCUCUGCAGACCGGUUUCCAAAAGUGUGUGGCUGCAAAUGGAUUAGGUUUGCAAGCUUCGCUUGGUAAAGAUUACUGUCAAGUCACAAUGCAAUUUCCCGCUGAUACCAUUCCUAAAUGGAAAGAUACCAAAACCGGUGAGCUUGAAGGCUUAUCGUAUGAGUUUAAUCUUUGUGAAGCUGUGGCUACAUGGGAACAGGUGCGGAAUAGUACCACAAUACUGACCAGGGAGUUCAUUGAUUCCUUACCAAAUGGAUGGGAGAAUUAUGCGUGGCAUAGGAUUAAUAAAGGAGAUCGUCUCAACCGCUGUAAGAAUAAAACAUUAUGUGUGGAAAAACUUUCACUGGUACUCCCGGAAACACCACCAUAUGUUCCACGGAUGUUUGGCCGAUGUGCUGUGAUUGGAAACUCGGGAGAUCUUUUGAAAACAAGGUUUGGGAAGGAGAUUGAUGGGUAUGAUGCUGUUAUUAGAGAAAAUGGUGCACCAAUUCAGAACUAUACCGAUCACGUGGGGAAGAAAAGCACAUUUCGGCUUCUUAAUAGGGGAUCUGCUAAAGCUCUUGAUAAAGUUGUGGAGUUAGAUGAGUCAAGGAAGGAAGUCUUGAUCAUCAAAACAACAAUUCAUGAUGCUAUGAACCAGAUGAUUCAGGAACUUCCAAUAAAAAAUCAUGUAUAUCUCCUGCUAGGUGCUUCCUUUGGUUCUGCCGCAAAAGGAACUGGGCUCAAGGCUCUUGAAUUUGCGCUCUCUAUAUGUGACUCGGUAGAUAUGUAUGGUUUCACUGUAGAUCCUGGAUAUAAAGAAUGGACUAGAUAUUUCUCAGAAUCUCGACAAGGUCAUACUCCUCUACAUGGUAGGGCAUACUACCAGAUGAUGGAGUGUUUGGGUCUUAUCAAAAUUCAUUCGCCUAUUCGUGCUGAUCCAAACCGUGUUGUGCAAUGGGUACCGGACCGUAGUGCAGUUACUGCCGCUAGAAUUGCAUCAGAGAAAUUGUUGAGGAGGAUUGGAGCAGGGUAUGCAGACCCACUGCGUAUGUGUUCAAUUAUAAAGAAGCAAGUCAAAAUAAAGCUUACAUCAUUUCUAAGUCUUAGAAAGGCUGCUAUUGACCAUCAGAAAUAUGUGAAAAGUGCAACCAUGUAUCCUCUGGAGCAUAGUCUGCGGCAUGGUAUGCUUUGCGCUGUGUGAACCACUUAAAGUUGAGGUUACUGGACCAUUCCUCACACCGAAGCAACUAAGUGAAUAUGUAACUGAAUCUAUUGGUCCAUAAGUGUCACCCUUCAGCUAACUAAGGAUGUAUAAAGGAGAAGCUGCUCAAAAUUGAUCAGGAAGAUCAGCAGCUGGCCUGCUCAAUGUAGAGUUUUGAAAGCGUUGUAAGUUUCUUGUGGCCCUGCAUUCAUCGUAACUUUGAUUUUCGAUAGCCAAAAGGAAAAUGUUAGCAGUGUCUUACAAGAAUUCAUCAUAUGAGGUUUUACAAUUGAUUCUUUGGACACAAGGACAGGUCUAUGAUUUUAUAAUUCUCUUGUACCUAAAUUCUGAUCCAAUAGUCUGACCAAAAAAAUUAAAAUUCUGAUCCAAUUGGCUUCUUACCAUGA